GGAGCUGGGAUGCGGCUGCCGGCGCCUGAGCCGAGGAGCUGCCCUAGGCGAGCUUUCUAGCCCGACUCGACGAAGGGGUGACCAGGCGGCGACAGGUUUCACUCGGCGGCCGCGCGAUGCAGCGGGCGGCGGCGCUGGUCCGGCGGGGCUGCUGCCCCCGGCCCCUCGGCCCCUGGGGCCGUAGUCAGAGCAGCGCGGCCGCCGAGGCCUCGGCGGUGCUCAAAGUGCGGCCCGAGCGGAGCCGGCGCGAGCGCAUCCUUACGCUCGAGUCCAUGAACCCGCAGGUGAAGGCGGUGGAGUACGCGGUGCGGGGACCUAUCGUGCUCAAGGCCGGCGAGAUCGAGCUCGAGCUGCAGCGGGGUAUCAAAAAACCGUUCACUGAGGUCAUCCGUGCCAACAUCGGGGACGCCCAGGCCAUGGGCCAGCAGCCAAUCACCUUCCUGCGACAGGUGAUGGCACUGUGCACCUACCCGAACCUGUUGGACAGCCCCAGCUUCCCAGAAGAUGCUAAGAAACGAGCCCGGCGCAUCCUACAGGCUUGCGGUGGGAACAGCCUGGGCUCUUACAGUGCUAGCCAGGGUGUCAACUGCAUCCGUGAAGAUGUAGCUGCCUACAUCACCAGGAGAGAUGGCGGUGUACCUGCAGACCCGGAUAACAUUUACCUGACCACUGGAGCUAGUGAUGGCAUUUCUACGAUCCUGAAGAUCCUGGUCUCCGGGGGUGGCAAGUCACGGACAGGCGUGAUGAUCCCCAUCCCGCAGUACCCACUCUACUCAGCGGUCAUCUCUGAACUCGAUGCCAUCCAGGUGAACUAUUACCUGGAUGAGGACAACUGCUGGGCCCUGAAUGUGAACGAGCUCCGGCGAGCCGUGCAGCAAGCCAAAGAGCACUGUAACCCCAAGGUGCUGUGCAUCAUCAACCCCGGGAACCCCACAGGUCAGGUGCAGAGCAGAAAGUGCAUAGAAGAUGUGAUUCACUUUGCCUGGGAGGAGAAGCUCUUUCUCCUGGCUGAUGAGGUGUACCAGGACAAUGUGUACUCCCUGGACUGCAAAUUCCACUCCUUUAAGAAGGUGCUUUAUGAGAUGGGGCCUGAGUACUCCAGCAACGUGGAGCUCGCUUCCUUCCAUUCCACCUCCAAGGGCUACAUGGGCGAGUGUGGCUACAGAGGAGGCUACAUGGAGGUGAUCAACCUGCACCCUGAAAUCAAGGGCCAGCUGGUGAAGCUGCUCUCGGUGCGUCUUUGCCCGCCAGUGUCUGGGCAGGCUGCCAUGGACAUCGUUGUGAACCCCCCGGUGCCAGGAGAGGAAUCCUUCGAGCAGUUCAGCAGGGAGAAAGAGUCCGUCUUGGGUAAUUUGGCCAAAAAAGCUAAACUGACAGAAGACAUGUUUAACCAAGUCCCAGGAAUUCACUGCAACCCCUUGAUGGGGGCCAUGUACGCCUUUCCUCGAAUUUUCAUCCCUGCGAAAGCCGUGGAGGCAGCUCAGGCCCGUAAGAUGGCCCCUGACAUGUUCUACUGCAUGAAGCUCCUGGAGGAGACGGGCAUCUGUGUCGUGCCUGGCAGCGGCUUCGGGCAGAGGGAAGGCACCUACCACUUCAGAAUGACCAUUCUUCCUCCGGUCGAGAAACUAAAGACGGUUCUACAGAAGGUGAAGGACUUUCACAUAAAGUUCCUGGAGGAGUAUGCGUGAGGACUCCUUGGGCCCCAGAGGGAGACCGGGCCCUCGGCCUGCCUCCUGAUAUGCCCGCCCAGCCCAGCCCAGACUCGCCUCCCGCAGCGACUCCGCCUCAGGCCUUACAAAGGUCACUGGUCGCUUUCAUCAUCAUUUUGCCCCAGGAGACUUCUUUCUUUGUGCCUUGAUGUUGGGAGCACCUCUCUUCUGAGCAAAUGUGAAUCGGGGAUGCCUCAGAAGCCCUGUUUUUUUGAUGCAGCCAAAGUAGAGGGGACUCGCUCAGCGUUACGUGGUAGUGUUCUCCGAAUCUGUUGUUGUUGCUUGUGGAAAAUUCAUUUGGGGUUUAAAACAGCCUGGGUGUGUUGGGUGAGCUGCUUCAGGUUAGCAGAAACAAGGCAUCAGGAAUUGUAUAACUUAACCACGAUGAGGACUGGAAAUCCCAAACUCACCGCCAUGAUCUGUGAAAUAAAACUCUUAGCGGUGUGAAAAUCUAUUCCUUCCAA